AUGAUGGAUCAAUCUAUUACUGAUCACCUUCGAAGUCGCCCUCCUCCGAUGACUAACUACAUUCCACCUUCAGCCUCUCCAAUGUCUACACCUAAUCAACAAUAUCAUCAACAACAGCAACAGCAGCCACCUUUAAUGACAACCGAACAACUUCCUCACGUUCAAUAUCCUCCAACAGCUACCCAUACGUUGGGUACUGAUCUAUCAACAUCAAACUUAAGUCUUCAACAGCAGCAACAACAACAACAGAUGGCAGCGAUGAUGCAAAUGCAACAAUCAUGGGGUGGUGCUGGUGGUUAUGCUGCACCUUUUAUGAUGCAAUAUCCACCCUCAAUGAUGAUGAUACCACCCCAAGCUGGUUCGGAUCGAUCAUCAUCUCGUCCACCAUCUCGACAGAGUGCUGCAGCGCCUGUCUCAUCAUCAAGGUCAUCAGUAAAUGGUCAAACAGGUGGUCAAACACAAGCUGGACAAGCAAUGUUACCGAUGCAAGGAUAUCCUGGAUUUGUACCGCCUGGAAUGUAUAAUCCAUGGUUUGAUCCAUAUUGGCAAUCAAUGAUGGCCACUUAUCAAAAUCCAUAUAGUUUUGGAUAUACAGAUGAAAUGAUGAACUACUGGAGACAGGUGGCGCCAAAAGAAGAUGAUAGAUAUAGUCAUCAUUCGGCUGCUUAUUCACAAUCCAAACACUCACAACGUAGCUCAUCAAUGCAAACAUGGGGCUCAAUUGAUUCGCUAAAUGAACCAUACUAUCAAAAUCAUAAUGCUAUUGUUAAUGGAUAUUAUGCAGGUAACACACAAGUAGCUCCAAAUCAUUCUAAACGACCUACAAAACCAAAUGCUGAUCCAAAUACACUAUUAACUACUGCAACUAUUCCAAGUCAAUCAGUUGAAUUAAAAGCAAAAACUACUCUUGCACAAGAAAAUGGGAAACAAGAAGAAGAAGAAGAAGAAGAAGAUGGUGAUGACGACGACGACGACGAUGAUGAUGAUGAUGAUGAUGAUGAUGAUGAAGAAGAAGGGUCUGAUGAUGGAAGUAGUGAUCGUUUUAGUAUUAAAUCAGACUUAGCACAAGUUAAUGAAGAAUCUUCGAAAGCACGGGGAACCCCACUUUUAUAUAUUAGACCUCAUUUACGAGCUAAAUUUGUGUUUGAUCAACUUAUUCAAGUUUUACCACAAUCACCCAGUGAUACUAAUCAACCAGCUACUGUUGAGAUUAUUUCCGCAAAUGCCAUGCAUUCAAUAGCACCAUCAUUAGUUCAAGAACGACAGUUAAUGUCUGAUUUUAUUGGUCCCUUGACGACAUCAACAGCUAAAUCUAAUGUUAUUCGAUAUUGCGAACGUCAAUCACAAUUAGCUAAUAAAUCAAUUCAUAUCAUUGAUCGUGAUGCCCUAUCAAUAAUUUGGCAAUAUAUGGCAUUACUCGUUAAAAAUAAUGGAGUUAUUGAUGUGCGUGUUGACAUUCCAAAGAUUCUUUGGUCAUCAAGUAAUACAACAACGAGUGAAGAUCUACCAUCAAAUAGUAAUAAUACAUCAUCGUCAUCGUCGUUAGAGCAUUCGUUAAGAGAAUUUCUUGCACUUGGCGAAAUCGAUACAAGUAUCAAAUUUGCUUGUGAAAACCAAUUAUAUACACAUGCACUUAUUAUUUCAUAUUUAACUGAUAAACAAUCAUUUGAAAAAACAAUACAGAAUGUCAUAUUUAAUCUUGAUAAUGGUGAUGUAUUGAAAACAUUUUAUGAAUUAGGAGCUGGGUCAAUUCCAUCCGUUGUUACUAAUGUUACCAAAACACAUUACGGUGAUUGGAAACGUCAUCUAGCUGUUAUAUUAGCUAAUCGUACCGAUACAAAUGCAGAUUUUGUUGAUCUUUGUAUUAAAACUAUGGGCGAUACAUUUAGUAAUUUUUUAGAAGCUUCUAUUGAUCUUUGUAUUAUUUUAUCUCUCAUUUUCUUUUGUCAAGUCACAUCUGGACGUGUAUAUGCUGGUCAUUUUUGUUAUUUAAUUGCUAAUGUCCCAUUUGGUUCCUAUAGAAAUAAUGCCGAUAAACUGGCUGUCAUCGGAAGUAUACAUGCUGGACAAUCUAAUCUUUCAUUUGCAACAAUUCCAAAUUUGCAAUUAACUGAAGUUUAUGAGUAUGCAUUGAGAAAAUGUUUGACCACAUUUAUUCCAUUGAAAAUCUAUUAUACAUCGAAAUUAGUUCUUCAUGGACUGAAAAGAGAAGCACUAGCUUAUUGUGAAGAAAUUGGGCAAACCCUUAUUCGACAAGGAAAUGUUUCAUAUAUUCAACUGGUUGAUUUACAAUUAUUUAUACUCAUGGCAGAAAAAACCCGAGUAUUCAGUCGAAACUUUCAACUUGAUCCCACGUCAUAUAAAGAACCAACAUGGUUGAUUGAAUUAAGACGUAUAAUUCAAAAUUUGAUAGAUAAUGCAUUUUUAAAUAAGACAAUGCGUGACGAUGCAAUUAAUUCAUCUGUGCAACAAAUUCAUAGAGUAGAAAAUAAUGCACAGCAAACAACUCAGUCAACUUAUACAGACAGAAAACCAUCAACUAACAGUAGACAAACCGAACAAAUAAAUACUAUGACUCCUGCAACAUCUGUUGCUUAUCCAUCUGUAACAAAUACAAAUAUUAUAAAUGGUUGUGAUCCAUCAAAUCCAGUUAUAACUGAACCAAUCUCUUAUCAGAAUUCAACUGCGACGAAUUAUCCAAAUACUCUUACAGUUGAUACAACUGUUAAUUAUCAAAUGCAACCACAAGGAAAUUAUUAUCCACAAGUACCACAACAGCAAUAUUAUUCAUCUGAUACUCAACAAACUGAAAGAAAUAAUUAUGUACAACCGUGGUCUCAGCAACCACAACAUCCACACGAAAUACCAAAUGAAUCGGAUAUUUUAAAUUCAUCGUCUCAAGUGCCUUCAACAAAUAAUUCAUAUUAUCAACCUCCCACUGAUCAAUCACAAUACAUUCAACCAGGUUUCACAAGUACACCAAAUUCAUAUUCAUCUCAACAACCAAAUCAAUGGUGUCCGCCAGGACAAGCUGAACAACGUGAACGUUUACCAUCUAAUGAGCAUCAACAAAUGGAAUUGAUAACGCGUCGUUCAUCUAUUAUAACAUUUAAUGAAAGUGAUAGUUUAGCGCCAUCCAAUUGGCAUCGACAAUCAAUGACAGAUGAUAGAAGAGCGUCUUUAGCAUCGAUUCAAUUGAAUACUAGUAAUAAUAGCCCGAAAAAUAAUUCUGAUACAGCUAAUUUCUGUUAUCAACCACCACAACGUUUACGCUAUCCAACGACACGAGCAUCAAUAUCUGAAGAAUCGCAAGCACAAACAAAUGGACAAGUUAAAAAGAAACAUUCAAUUUUUGACGAUAGUGAUGAUGUUUUUCCUAAUAAUUCACACAAAACAUCAGAUGGUAAACCAAAUACAGCUUCACCAGCAGGAGCAAAUCAAACAGCUGCAGGUGGACAAAAAUCUGGUAUCGUUGGAAGUCUAAUUAGCCGUUUUGGUUGGAAACGACCAGUACAAGCGCAUUUACCUGACGAUAAGAACAAAACACUCAAAUUUGACGAGAAGACAGGCAGCUGGAUUGAUACAGCGAAAUCAGCUGAUGACCAAGCAUCAAAACAGAUUAUACCGCCGCCAAUGAUAUCAGCAAGCAAUACAUUCUCUUCACAUGCAACUAACCAACUACCAUCACAACAACAACAACAACAACAACAGCCAUCAUCAUCAACAACACUCAAUCCUACAGUGCCACCAGCGUCUUCUCAAUCAUCUCAACCUAGAACAUUGAGUUUUGCUGCAGGAUCAACCACAGCAGCUACCAAUGCACCAGUACCUCAGACUACAAAUUCACAGCAGCAACAACAACAACAACCACAGCAGCAGCAACAACAACAACAACCACAGCAGCAGCAACAACAACAAAAGGCUCCCGGACAACUGUCGGCUGCUCAACAACGUCUACAAGCGUUGAGACAACAGGCAGCUAUGCAACAAGCUCAAGCACCCGCAACCACUUCAUCCAAUCAAUACUCUCUUCGAAGUCGUCAAAAUCAAUCACGUUAUGUUGAUAUUCUUGCUUCGACCCAAGGUGCUGUCGCACCGAGUCCCAAUGUUUCCCUUAAUGAUCUUAUGCCAACACCUUCGACUGGUGCAGUUACCUUUGCAUCAUCAAGCCAAGCUAAUAAUUAUUUUGUACCAGGUUCCAUACAAACAACAACAGGCAAUAAUGAACAAUCAUCAUUCACAUCUUGA